AUGAGUUCUCUUCGUCGCAGAGCCGCUCGACUGAGCGAGAAGCUCGAAGUCCCCGUGGACGAGCACUUGGACGGCAAGAGGGCUACGGCAUGGAACAACCGCGAUCUUGCCCCCCUCCCCCCACAUAGGCGGACGUGGACAGUAUGGGGUUUCUUGGGAUUCUGGUCUGUCAUCCAACUGAACACGGUAGGCUGGCAGACAGCAAGCUCAUUGAUCUCGCUGGGGUUGAGUGUGUGGGAGGCCAUGAUUGUGACCAUCAUUGCCAAAUUUCUCAUCGCUGGAGUGGCCAUCACGAACGGCUGGUGGGGAGCUGUCUGGCACGUCGGUUUCUCUGUGGGAAACCGUGCCGUCUGGGGCCUCAGAGGCUCAUAUCUUGCUCUCGCACAAAGAAUCAUGCUCUGUUUGGUCUGGUAUGGUGUUCAGGCGUGGAUCGGUGGCCAGAUGGCGGGCGUCAUGCUCUACAGCAUCUUCUCCGGCUACAGGCACAUACCCAACACCUUCCCAGCCAGUGCCCAUAUGACAACGCAGCAGUUUGUAGGCUUCAUCGUCUUCCUCUGCUUCCAGCUUCCUUGUCUCUUGAUUCCUCCCGAGAAGACCGCGAUCCUGUUCCGGUAUGCGAAUAUCAUCACUGCUGCCACGAUGUUCUCGGUCACGGUGUGGGCACUGUCGGCAGCUCAUGGCGGCGGGCCUUUGCUCACCGCGAACAGCACACUCACCACGACCAGUGAGAAAGCUUGGGCCAUUAUCCGCGGUAUCACUACCGUCAUUGGGGCUAUCGCGGUGUCAUUGACCAACCAAAGUGACUUCAACCGGUUCGCAAAGACCCCGGGCGCACAAAUCCCCGGUCAGAUUUACUCCACAAUUAUCGUCGGCGCGCUUGUCACUCUCAUGGGUACCCUGUCGACCUCUGCGGCACAGAAGAUUUAUGGAGAGGUGCUCUGGUCGCCUGCGGAGCUCGCUAUCCGCUGGAUGGAGGACGGCUAUACCGCAAAGGCCCGGGCGGGAGCUUUCUUUGCUGGCCUUGGAUUCUUCAUCUCCCAACUAAGCAUCAACACCGUCGAUAAUGCCUGGCCGGGUGGCUUCGACCUUGCGGCACUCUUUCCUCGUUGGAUCAAUAUACGCCGGGGGGCAGUCAUCACGUUCGUGCUCGGUAUCGCAAUCAACCCUUGGCAACUGGCUGAUACUGCCAAUACAUUCAUCAAUGUGCUGGAUGGAUAUUCGGUCUUUCUCGGCCCCAUGGUGGGCAUGAUGGUGUGCGAUUUCUGGGUUAUUCGCGACCGCAAGCUCAAGCUCUCCGAUCUAUACAUUCCAAACGAAUCGUCCAUCUACUGGUACAAUCGGGGAUUCAAUUGGCGCGCCUACGCCUCGUGGCUCGUCGGCAUGGCGCCCGCGCUACCUGGAUUCAUCAAUGCUGUCAAUCCAGCAAUUCACGUGCCCAAGGGCGCACAGGAGAUCUUCUAUCUUGCAUACAUCGAGGGCUUUGCGUUGGCAUUCGUUGUGCAUUAUGUCCUGAACCGACUAUUCCCGGUACCGGGUCUUGGGGAGAUCGACUCGGAAGAUCUGUUCGCCACUUUCACAGUAGAGGAGGCAAGGGAAUUGGGCGUGAUGCCCCAUCCCCGGUUGCUUGAGGGGGAGGUGCUAGAGGUUCAGGACGGCGAGUGUGCAUCGUCAGAAGAGGCUGUAGAGUCGAAGGCCGUUAUGGUUGGAGAGAAGUUGGUCGGCUGA